UGCGCCAUUGAAUUUCCAAAGAAGUUUUAUUUUUUAUAUAUAUGAUAUACAAAAAUGGGAGUAAAUCACAUUUUUCUAAUCAUUCGGAUAGAGCAAAUCGCUGCUUAAUAGGAAGAGAGAGAGAGUACCUUUUUCUCGAGCCUUCAAAUUCUAUAUAUGAAAAACAGAAUCAGAUUGGAAAGGAAAGGCAGUUACCUUACAAAUAAUAUCGAACCCAGCCUAAGUAGGAACAAUAUAAGAGAGAUGAAGACGUGUUGACCUACAAUGAAAGCUCCCUGCACUUCUCUUUUCUAUAUGCGUAUGACCCUAAUUCCCAAAGUUGAUAAUUCCAAGACAGCAGUUCAUGGCACUCGAACCAGAGAAAACAUGCGAAGAUGCUAAAUCUCCGUCUGCUCCAGCUGAAAACCUUCAGACAGAGGUUCAUGUCCCCAGUAAUGAAAGAACCAAAACGACAAGACACCCUCGAUGGAGCAGACAGGAAACGAUCAUCCUCAUAGGUGCCAAGAAGAUGGUUGAGAAUGGAGGGUCUCCGGUUUACCGGUUCAGUCACUCCGAACCAAAAUGGGAUUUGGUCUCAUCGUUCUGUCAAAAACGCGGUGUGAACAGAGGACCUGUUCAGUGUCGAAAGAGAUGGAGCAAUCUUCUAAGCGAUUUCAAAAAGAUUAAGAAGUGGGAGACGAAUAUACAGCACGAGUCUGAGUCAUUCUGGAUGAUGAGAAACGAUGAACGGAGGGAGAAGAAAUUGCCAGGUUUCUUCGACGGGGAGGUUUACAACGUAUUAAACGGAGAAGCGUGCACUGCUUCAGCAUUUCCGUUGACACUAAUUAAAGUCCCAAAAGCAGAGAAUGGUGAUGGAGGUGCAGCAAUGGCGUCGGAGCAAUGUGAGGAGGAGGAGGAUGAAGAGGAUGAGGAGGCGGAGGCCAUCGUUGACAGUGAGAAAAUGGCUUGGAGCACAGAGGACGAAGCCUUUGAGAUAAUCACGAGUGGGAAGAAAGUCACCGAUCCGUUGAUUGCUUCAAGUGUUGAGGAAACAAUCCCGAUAAGGAAUCCAGGAAAGACACCCACUCAUCCUCGGCUUAGUUCAGGACAUAGAGAACCCAAGCACUCACUUCUAUGGAAAUCUGAAGCAAAUUACACAGGCUCAGGCAAGAGAAUAGAGAAUAUGUCCAUGUCCCAAGAGGGGUGCAAGAAAAGGCGAGUGUCACCAGACAACCAUGAGGACACCGCAGCUUUCAGGAAUCCGUUGAUGAAAGUGCUGAGAAGGAAUGGCAACAUGCUGAAAGCUCAUCUUAGCGAUCAAAAUAUAAGUUACCAGUUGGCCAGGGAUCAGCAAAAGGAGCAAACAAGCAACAUAGUUGCUGCACUAGGCAAGCUCACGGAUGCUCUCAUAAAAAUUGCUGAAAAGCUUUGAAUGAUCCAGAACAAUAUGCAAGAUCCUUCAGGGGCAAAAGGAGUUACAUCUGAGUACGGGAAUCUUCCAAUUAUGCUGAUUUUGCCCUAGAGUCCAUGAAUAAUCUUUUCUCUAUUUUCCUUUUAAACAGGCUUCUAAGUUUAUUCCUCA